GUGAGUAGCCAGUGUGAUGUAGAGUUCAGAACGAGAAACACGAUUAAGCUGUAAGAAAAACGACCUGAACAAACCAAGCCGAUAAGCCCAAGAAGAAAAUACUGCCUGUGCUGUCUGUCAUACACGAAUUGUGUUCGAAACAACAACGUCGCGGAUUUUUUUUCACUGUGUCAUCCCGAUUGAAACCAGACAGAGAUUAUACCGUCGUCUAACAGCUCCCUUCACCCUCUGACCCCUCUGCCCUUCGGCACAAAACGUCGGUUCGCGUAGAUGGAAGAAAAAGAUAUUCAUCCUCUAGUGUUUUAGUCUUAAGGGUAUCGAUUAUUCGUAGUGCAAGGAAAAAAUCAUUUUUUCAAAAUUGUUUCCCAACUGUUUCGACGUAUUUGUAGUGUCUAAUUAUAUCGGGAUCAUUCUCCCGGCAAUCGAUGUAAGUGAUAUUGGCUUCCUGUAGGCGACCGGAUAGCACAUGAGUAAAAAUAAAUAACGAGAAAAAUCGAUCCGGCGACGAAGACCCAAAUUAUGUGAGGAAAAAAAAAGGAUGAAAGUGAUGAAAUGCUGGGUGCCUAGUGAAUUAGCUGGAUCUGCACGAGAAGCAAACGCGGCUAGUCGCGAUAGCGGAAGAAAACCCAAAGCAAAAAUUUCUCUGUGAUUUGUAGUUUAAAAAUACGAAAAUUUUAAAUAGCUGAAGAAAGCGACGCAUACCACAACAAAAAGUGUCAAAAGAGUGUAUUUGUCUCACGGGCAAAUUGUUGUGCUGUUUUUUUUUCUUUUAUUUUUUCGUCUGUUCACUCAACUUUGCGACCCAGCGCGCGCGUUUCGCACAUUUUGUAAGAACGUGAAAAAAGCCGCCAUGACGACCGCAACCGCACAAGCGACAACACCCUCCAGCAUCCAGAACACCCAACGAAUGGGCUCGAUAGUGCUGAAGAGUUUGUCCAUUCUGCUAGGGUUGUUCUUCAUCUUCAUCGGAUUGAUGAAACUAACGCCGCACAUCAGCAAGGAACUACAUCGAGACUUGCGAAAAAAUUACGUGAAAUAUGCGAAAGUGUUUCCAUUCUCAACGAUGUUCGACUUCAAACUGCCCUCAAAGUGGUAUCGCCGAUCGGUUGGUGGCCUGGAAGUAUUCUGUGGCCUCGCUAUGGUGAUCAUUCCCAGCCAUAAAGUCAAAAACGUGGCCAACGUAACCCUGCUGAUGCUAAUGUUUCUGGCCGUGUACUCUCACUACAUGGUUAGCGAUCCAUUCGAACGAUGUGGACCAGCUCUGGUGUUUACCUUUAUGCUUAUCGGCCGACUAGUGAUAUGGUACCAGGCCAGUAGACGGGAGACGCUGCUGGCAGCGGAAAAGGUCACCAACAAUGGCAUCAAACAGGAUUAAACAGCAGGACAUUUGUAAUCUCUGAUCUCAUCAACGAGCGGCAAACUAAAGCACACGCGCACAGACAGACUUUUGAUAAGUUAUUUCACCGCUAUGUACCGUAUUUAUGCAAGGUAGCGAACAGUGUUUCUCGUUACGACGUACAUACACACUCCACUCCACUAUCCCAAUUUCGAUCAAUCAAAUCAAUUUGAGGUGAACCUUUUGAACGACCAAAGCUAAGAUGAACAGAAGCAUUCUUUAGUUCACAUGAGGAUAACAAACGAUAAAUUUCCUUAACAUUGUUUCAUACCGGAAUCAUCCUAGAAUUUCAAAUACAAUGCAGAUCAACAAAAUAAAGCAAAACGAAACGGCUUUAGAAAAGUUCGUUUAUAGUCAAAUGUGUUCAUUAUAGUCAGAAGCCAAAAAUUCUAGUCAGUUGUAUAAUUUCUUGUUUCUUGUACCUAAUUUACGUACAGGUGAUUCAGUCAUGUUUUUCUUAGCCAUUGAAUAUCGGUGAAUGAAUGUCAAAAUCUUGACCUUAUCUAUUUCGACGAUAAGCUUAAAAGACUUCAGCAAGGCGUUUCAGUUUAUGCAUACUAAGAACUUUUAUCCAGUGGUAUAGAAAUCGCAUUGCAAAGUAACAAAAUACUGCACUUUGUUCAAGUAGUAAAGUAAAAGCAUUAAAAACAUGAUUCCUGAAGAAGAGCAAUCAAAAUCGCUUUAUAAUCACUGCAAGGAGAAAUCUGCAUUCGGAGAACGAUCCACGAGCAGCAAAUGAAAUCAACUACAAUUUUAAAUUAAGUAAGAGAAGAAAAGACAAAUUUUAAUCCAAAAUUCACUGCACCAUCGUUGUUUGAAGCUACUUAAGCAAGCAGAACAUUGUGAAAAUUAUAUGUAGAAUAUGCACACUGAAACCAAAAAAAAAACAUACAGUUUACAAUAGUCUAACGAGCAGAAAGGUAACUAAAUAGCAGAGCAACUGAUAAACAAGCGAAAUUAUGUAACAACAACCAUAGUCAAACCAUAUUACAAGUUUAUACGAAAAAAAAAAUAGACCAAUAAAGUCAGAUACGAAUACGAAA